AUGGAGAGCUCCGCCCCUCCUCCGUCCCUCUACCACCUGAGCUGCAGUGGUCCCGGCUGGGUCGGGAAACCCGGGUUGAGUUACCGAGUUGAUAACCAGCUUCGUGGUACCGCUUAUCUGGACCGCGAUUGUUCGGGGAGUGUUCGUCUGGUCAGUGUGAGCUGCGGCAGUCAGAACGUCUGGGCCGUGGACAGUCGAGGAGUCGUUUACUUCAGAGUUGGAACCCAGCCUCUGAACCCGAGCAUGAUGCUGCCAGCCUGGAUCCACAUAGAACCCCCUGUACAGGUAACACACACACCCGGAUCCACUAGAACCCCCUGUACAGCCAAUAGGAGUGCAGCUGGUCAGUAUCAGACGAGUCCUAACGACCGCCUCCUCUGGGCCUUGGACAACAGAGGAAGCGUCUUUGUCAGGACCGGACUCAGUGAUGAGAUGCCUGUGGGGACGGACUGGGAGCUGGUACCAGGUCUGGCGGUCAGUCAGCUGGUCCUCAGCUCUCGGACAGUUUGGGUUCGGUGUGUAAACGGAGAUCUGGCUCGACGUUACGGCGUCUCUGACAGAAACCCUGCAGGAGACUACUGGAAGAAGAUCCCCGGAAACGCCAACUGGUUAACUGUGACUCCAGAGGACGAGUUGUGGGCGGUGACUCUGAUUGGUGGAUUGUCCCGUCGCCUGACGAAGCUCCUCCCACAGACUCCCUGUAGACCCGCCCCCUCAGGCCCGUCCCUCAGUGGAGACGACGUUGAUGACGAAUGGGAGCUCAUCUGACCAGUGACAUCACUGUGAUGUCACCACUGUUUGGUGUUGGUCUGUCUGAUCUGGAUCCACCUGGAGGGACGUCAUCUUAGUGACAUCACUGUGGGUUGUGUGAUGCCACAGACCGACACUGAGCAGGCAGGUGACAUCAUUUCCUGUGACAUUAAUGUUUAGAGGACAAUUCUGAAGGACGAUGC